AUGGUCGCCCAAAAACUUCGUGUCGGUAUCGCGGGCCUUGGCCGUAUGGGCAAGCGACAUGCCAUCAACUUCCAUGAGCUCACUGCCCGUGCAAACGUGGUAGCUGCCAGUACUCCCGAUUAUAAUGAGCGUCAAUGGGCAGCAGAGAACCUUCAAGGGGUGCAAAUCUUCCAGGACUACGACGAAAUGCUUGAAAAAGCUGAUCUGGAAGCUGUUGUGAUUGCGAGCGUCACCGCUGUGCAUGCAGAGCAAGCUCUGAAAGCGAUUAAGAGAGGCCUUCAUGUUCUCUGCGAGAAGCCAUUGAGCAUUGAUGCUGAAGUGGCCCAAUCCGUGGUCUCCGCAUACGAGCAGUCUCUUAAAACAUACCCGCAGCAAAAAGUGAUGUGCGCCUUCUCUCGUCGUUUCGAUGCGUCGUACCGCGAAGCUCAUGAGAGAGUCAACAAGGGCGAAUUUGGAUCACCGGUGCUUUUCCGGUCUCAAACAGCAGAUCUGUAUGAUUCAUCAGGAUUCUUCGUCGAGUACGCGAAGACAAGUGGUGGUAUUUUCGUGGACUGUUCCAUUCACGAUAUCGACCUGAUGCUUUGGUUCCUGGGUGAGAAUCGCAACAUCAAGAGCUUGCAGGCAGUUGGUGUUUGUGCCGUUCAUCCGGGGCUAGAGGCGACCAACGACCGGGAUAAUGCAAUCGCGACUGUGGAGUUUGAGGGUGGAAAGAUGGCGGCCUUGUAUUGUUCGCGUAUGAUGGCGGCUGGACAGGAGGACACCUCAGAAAUCAUCUGUGAGAAAGGUUCUGUGAGGGUGAAUAUGCAAGUAAGAAAGAAUCAUGUUGAAAUUCAUGACUCACAGGGGGCCAGACGUGAGCUGCCACAGCAUUAUUAUGAGAGGUUCCGGGAAGCAUUUAUCACUGAGGCUUAUGAGUUCACAGCUUGCUGCCUGGAUAACACCCCACCUCCAAUAAGCUUGCGAAGCUCCGUCAAAGCGGUUUCUAUCGGGCAAGCAUUGCAGCGAAGUCUGAUUACCGGUGAGAAGAUUUACUUUGAUGGAAGAACCAUCAAGAACUAG